GUGUCUGGUGUACCGGCGUAUCGUAUGUUUGUGGAGCGGCGGCUCAGUGUUCAACCACAAUCGGCAUCAGUCGCAGCUGAGAGACCGAGAGAGUGAGAGUCGCGGCUCUCUGUGAGAGGGAGAUCGGGUCGGUUUGACCCUGUCCGUGCAUUGCAGUGGAUUGCAAAGUGGCUCGGUGACUGAGAGUUGUUACGCUAGAGCUGUUGGUCGCUGUGACCGCGCCGUUCGCGAUGCUCACGCGUGUGACGGCUGCACUGCUAGUGCUGGCCGCGCUGGUCCCGGCGCUGGCGCAGUACCAGCCGACCUGGGAGUCGCUCGACUCUCGGCCGCUGCCGGAGUGGUACGACGCCGCAAAGGUGGGCAUCUUCAUCCACUGGGGCGUGUUCUCGGUACCCAGCUUCGGCAGCGAGUGGUUCUGGAAGCACUGGCGCGGCGACCAGACGGACAAGUACGUCCAGUUCAUGGAGCAAAACUACCGGCCCGGCUUCACCUACGCCGACUUCGCGCCCGACUUCACGGCCGAGUUCUACGACCCUGCACAGUGGGCUGAUCUGUUCCAAAAGUCGGGCGCCAAGUACGUGGUGCUCACCUCCAAACAUCACGAGGGUUUCACGCUAUGGCCGAGCAAGUACUCGUGGAACUGGAACGCCCUGGACGUCGGCCCGAAGCGGGACCUGCUGGGUGACCUGGCCACUGCCAUCCGCAACCGCACGGACCUGCACUUUGGCCUGUACCACUCUCUGUACGAGUGGUUCAACCCGCUCUACCUGAACGACCGAGUCGCCAACCGGAGUGACUUCGUAACGGGUAAGACGAUCCCGGAACUUCACGAGCUGGUGGAGACUUACCGCCCUGACGUGAUCUGGUCGGACGGUGACUGGGACGACACGCCCGAAUACUGGACCUCCAAGGAGUUCCUGGCGUGGCUCUACAACGACUCGCCGGUGCGAGACUCGGUGGUGACCAACGACCGCUGGGGCCAGGGCACCAUGUGCCAGCACGGCGGCUUCCUCACCUGCAGCGACCACUACAACCCCGGACACCUGCUCGAGCGCAAAUGGGAGAACGCCUUCACGCUGGACCGCGUCUCCUGGGGCUUCCGGCGCGAGAUGCGCCUCGAGGACGUGCACCCGAUCGAAGAGGUACUCGGCGAGCUGGCCGAGACGGUCAGCUGCGGUGGCAACGUGCUCAUCAACGUGGGGCCGACGCGCGACGGCCGCAUCGUGCCCGUGUUCGAGGAGCGGCUGACGCAGCUGGGAGAGUGGCUCGGCGUCAACGGCGCCGCCAUCUACGGCUCGCGGCCGUGGACGGUACAGAACGACACGCUGCAGGGCGACGUGUGGUACACGCAGCGCGCCGGCGACGUGUACGCCAUCGCGCUCUCCUGGCCGGCCGGCGGCCAGCUGACGCUCGGCUCGGCGCCGCAGCAGCUCACCAGCUGCCAGCUGCUCGGCCACGGACCGGUACCCUGUCAGGACGGUGUGGUGGAGUUCCCCGACCUCACCGAGGUCACCGGCCGCUGGGCCUGGGUGGUGCGCUUCUCCGCGCCGCAGAGCGACAACCGGGUCAGCUACGAGGUCCCCGAGAAGGCGGCGGGGAAGGAGAAGGUGGAGACACCGAGCGUGGUCAACCUGUAGUGCCGAUUCGGAGCGGCUCGGAUGCUGCGCACUCGAGAGUCUGGUGUCAGACACCGGUAGGCCUGGAUUUGGGCUGAAUUAGCGUCUUUCGGCUCAAGUAAUUAUAUUACCCUUGAAUGCAAAUUGAUAUUCCACCUAUUGUGAUUUGUUAUACAUAUCCUGUGAGUCACGCAGAAUAAAUACAGAACAAC